UUUUUGUUUUAGUUUUCCAUUCUCUCUUUUUUGUUUGUUCUAACUUCAAACAAAGGUUCAUCCUCCACUCACUUAACCUUCUCCUUCCAUUUCUAUAUUUGGCAACUCUUCUCUCUUCCCCCUCUCUCUCGCUUUGUUCCGUCAAGGACAAGGACCGAGCCUCAGGAGCCACGAAAAACAGAACCAGGUUGGUGCCCAUUAUUAUUCGGGUGGAAAAAUUUAAAACUUUGAGAUUUUGAAAAGGGAAAAAGGUGGAAUCUACCUGCCCAGAAGAAUUAUAUGAUUCUUUGAUCAUUAAAUCGCGUAAAAAAACGCUUUUGGAGGGAGAAAGGAGGAUCCCUGAAAUAGUUUUGGUGAUAAUUUCCAUCUGGGGUCUUCUCAUCGGAAUGAGUAUGUGGUAGAAUCGUGAAAUUCGGUGGAAUGAUUCAAAAGGGUGGUUGUAGAGCAAUGGAGUGGAGGCUGCAAUUGAUUGGUGAACUGAAAAUUGAGAGCAUGAGGUAGGUGCCUAUCAACAUGGACUCAAAAGGAGAUGCUGAACCUCAGGAGGAGAGGCCUUCAUCACCAAUGAGGGUCCUGCAGCAUUUUUCUGGGGGCGCAUUCAAAGUUGCUGGGGAAGCAUUGCAUAUGUCACCAAUGGGGCCUGGUGGGCAUAGACGUUGUCAAAGUGAGCUUGGUAGCAGAGGAGUUGAACGUAAUAACAGCUUGCAGAAAUUAAAAUCUCACGUGAACAAGGCUUGGCGCUGGGGUGGCAAAUCCCGCGAAGAUGCCCUCGCGAAUUUCAACCCCGAGGUCAUGGCAAACCAGAAACGGCAGUGGUAUCAGCUUCAUCCUAAAAGUCUGGAUUGUGUAAAUAAUAAGGAGCCGACAUCGCUCUUUGAACAUUUUGUGAUUGUGGGGCUGCAUCCAGAUGCUAAUUUGGAAGCCGUGGAGCAUUCAUUUGCAAGAAGGAAAAAGUGGGAAAAGGAUAAGGGGAAACCUGAAUUUCGAGAUUGCAGAAAGUCUCAGCAGCAAAAAGUAAUAGAACCAACUUUGGAACCUCAGUUAUUGUUCAAAUAUCCUCCUGCAAAGAAGCUAACAUUGCGUAUGAAGGAUUUAGCUCCCUUUUGCUUUCCUGAAGGUGUUAAGGCAUGGUUGUUGGAGAGGACUCCAUCUCUUAGUGAACUAAACGAACUUGUCUAUGGACAGGAACAUUUAGGAAAAGAUGAUCUUUCAUUCGUCUUUGCUGUCAAGGCAGCAGACAAUACAACACUUUAUGGAGUUUGUUUACAUGUGCCUGAAAUUGUUCAAAGGCCCCCUGGUAUCUUAGGCAUAUCAUCUCCUUUUUCUCAUCCCUCCAUGGGAUGCAGCCGUUUUCUGGUUUCUGCACCUCGCUGCUAUUGUCUUCUGACUAGAGUUCCCUUCUUUGAGUUACACUUUGAGAUGUUAAACAGUCUCAUUGCACAGGAGCGCCUGAAUCGGAUAACAGAGUUUAUAAAUGAGAUGAGUCUCAGUGGCAGCGUUCCAUCAUCUCCCAAACUAGAUGAUCAAAUGAGGUCAAAGGAGGAAAAAUCCCCAGAGAACGAGACAUUCAGUGAAUGGAUGGAUUCUGCAAUUCCUCUUGAUGGUGCAGCAGCUAUUGCUGCUGCAGCUGCUGGGAUUAUAUCAGAUGAUGAAAGCCAACAGUUAUCACCUAAAAUACGGGAUUAUCGCUGUCAAUCUCCUGUAAGUGGGAGUGCCAGUGAUGCUUCAGAUUCGUCUCAGUUCAGGGAUACAGAUAAGGAGGACAGGAAGAAUCUCCAAGUUCUAGAUAAUUGUGAGUUUAAGGCACCAGAAACUCUUGGUUCUAUAAAAAGAAUGCAUGGAAAUUGCAAAAAUGACCAAGCUUCUCCGAAACCUGGAACACCUUUGUCUUCUCAGACUCGUGUCUUGGAGCGUCUUGGAAGUUUUGAAUCACUUUUCAGUCCAGUUAGAAGCAGGGCAUCAGAAGAUGAGGACGAUUUUUUCUCAAACAACGAAAGAGAUUAUGGGGAUGAAUUGUUAAUGGAAUGGGCUACGGAGAAUAAGAAUGAUUUGCUACAGAUAGUGUGUAGAUACCAUGCUCAACCUAUUCCACCUCGAGGAAGUGAUUUUGUCUUCCACCCUCUCGAACAUCUACAAGCUAUUCAGUACAUACGACAUUCAGUUGCUGCUCUUGGCUUCGGAGAUGAUUGUUCAAACUGUUCUGAAACAGCUCUGGACAAUACGAAGCUGGCAGCGGCUGAGGAAGCCCUAUCAUUAUCAGUAUGGACAAUGGCGACUACAUGUCGAGUUCUCUCCCUUGAUAGUGUGAUGACAUUGAUUACAGGAGUGUUGUUGGAAAAACAGGUAGUAAUAGUGUGCCCAAAUCUGGGUGUUCUAUCUGCCACAGUGCUUUCUCUUAUACCCAUGAUUCGUCCGUUUCAGUGGCAGAGUUUAUUGCUCCCAGUUUUACCUGGGACAAUGAUGGAUUUUCUUGAUGCCCCAGUUCCAUAUAUUGUUGGCAUACAACAUAAACCAGAUUACUUGAAUGCGAGAACUACUAAUCGUGUUCUUGUUGAUGUACAGAAGGACAAGGUGACAAUGUGUCCAUUACCAAAACUUCCACAGCAUAGAGAGCUUUUCUCUCAGUUGAGUUCAAUUCAUGCUAGACUUUCAAAUCAACGAUCAAUUGCUAAAAAGCAUCCUGUACAUAGGUGCAACGAAGUCCAGGCCGAAGCUGCAACUCAGUUUUUGAAUAUAUUGUGGCACUAUUUGGAGUCUCUUUGUUUAAAUCUGAAAUCCCACACGAUAACUAAUGUACAAUCUAAUAAAGAUAGGGUUUCUUUACUUCUUAAAGAUAGCUUCAUUGAUUCCUUUCCUCCUAGGGAUCAACCUUUCAUUAAGCUUUUUGUAGAUACACAGCUCUUCACUGUUUUAUCAGACUCUCGUUUGACAAGCUUUGAGAGUGGAGAGUCAUAGUCCCGUGCCACAUUGGUUUUAGAUCAAAUUGUGCUAUAGAUCUGUUAGACAUGUUUGUUGUCACUGUUGAAGAUAUAGCUCUUGAUUUCAUGGGAGGAACACCUCCAGUUCAGACCAGAUGAAACUUUGCUAAUCCGAGAAUGACACAGAAAGUUGAUAUGUGGUCAAAAAAAUUUGUAUAAUGUUCAUAGUAAAUGUCAUGUACUAAAUCAUUGUGCUAACCCAGGGGAAAGAAUCACUGUCCCUAUUUUUUGUUGAGGGGUGUGUUCUUGGGUUCACCAGUUCAUGUUUUGUAAUUCAGUAAUUGUGACCACUCUCCUUGUAGCAUACGUGUCAUAAUCUUUUUAUUGAGCAAACCACAGUUUUGCUUCCUAAAACUGUAAUGUAUUGUCGUAUUAAAAUCAUGAAAAUUCUAAGUUAAUGAAAGUUUUUAUUA